AUGCCCCUCACCACGAGAGAGCCUUUCACUCAAACUAGCUUCGAAGUAUUAGCACACAACCCUGUGGUGCCCCCUGGUCCCUGGUCUAAGGUCACACAGGGUUCAGGAGUCCGCAGAUGCCUCCCUGACUUCAUUUCACUUUACAGCAAAAUGGAGACAGUGAGUGAUCCUAAUGAAGCCGAGGCCCGGCCCAGGCCCGGACAGAGAGCUGCACAGCAGCUGGAAGUCUCUCUGUGGAUGCAUUUUAGCUCUCGACCUCCACCUAAACCCACCCCAGAGACAAGUGCCGGCACCACCCUGUUGACUGCUUCAAGAGGGAGGAGGAGAGGGGCUCAUAGGAGCCCGGGAAGCGGCUCUAUUUCUGGUGCUGUGAUGUUGUGCCAUGCAGGAUCACAUUCGAGUUCAACAGUUCACCUCUGCUACCAUAGCUACUUACACUUGUUAAUGUUUUCAGAUGACACGAAUGGACACAGAUGGACACAUAUACACAAGUGCAGCCUGUGAGGAACACACGUUUGUCUUCGGCACAAAUGUUUCCCCUGACAAGCAAAACUGA